UUUGAGCUGGGUAAGCUCUCGGAGGAGCAAUUCAAGUGCUUGGUCUACGUGUGUGGUUUAAAAUCGGAGAACGACGUCGAGAUUCGCACCCGCCUCCUCACGAAAAUAGAAGAGAGAAAUGACGUGACGUUGGAGCAACUUUCGGAGGAGUGCCAGCGGCUGUACAACCUGAAGCACGACAGCGCCAUGAUCGAAUCUCCGUCCACGUACGACCAAGUACAAGCGAUAAGAAAAUUUGGUGGGAAGCGGUACGAAAAGCGUGACCGUGAGUCACCGAAACAUCCUUCCAGUGACACCGAAUCCAAACCAGUGCCAGUGCCAAACCCCGAAAAACUGGAAGGAGGCGCAGGAAGCAACCAGUGUCCGCCAAGGUGGUGGUAGUCGAUGUGUGCAGUGUGCAGCAACGACGCAGAUAUGUCUCCGUGGGCUUUUCUGGAACAAAAAUUCGCCUGCAACUCGAUACCGCCUCAGACAUCACCGUCAUUAGCAGGGAGAUUUGGCGGAGCAUUGGCAGUCCUGCGUUAUCGUCAGCAACGGUGAAGGCGAAGACGGCAUCUGGCAGCAUACUAUCGCUCGAUGGGGAGUUCGAGUGCGACGUCACCAUCGGAAGCAGUACACGACGUGAGCUCAUCCGUGUAACCGAGAAGCAGCUGCAGUUACUCGGAUCCGAUUUGGUCGACAGUUUCAACCUUUGGGCCGUCCCUAUGGACACCUUCUGCUGCCACGUGUCUGGAACGCCAGUGUCGACAGGUGCACUCAAGUCGUCUUUUCCAGAGGUCUUCAGCGAGAAGCUCGGCUUGUGCACCAGAACAAAAGUGAAGUUGGAGUUGAAAGAAAACGUUCGACCCGUCUUCUGUCCGAAGCGUCCGGUAGCUUACGCUAUGUAUGAUACCGUUGAUCGCGAGCUCGACCGGUUAGAGAAAUUGGACAUCAUCACCCCGGUCGAUUAUUCGGAGUGGGCCGCUCCGAUCGUCGUAGUCCGCAAGUCCAAUGGCUCCAUCAGGAUUUGCGGAGACUACUCAACGGGUCUGAAUGCAGCUCUCCAAUCACAGCAGUAUCCACUUCCACUUCCGGAUGACAUCUUCGCCAAGCUGGCUAAGUGUAAGAUCUUCAGCCAGAUAGAUUUGUCCGACGCCUUCUUACAGGUGGAAGUUGACGAGCAGUACCGUAGUUUGCUGACGAUCAAUACGCAUCGUGGUCUCUACCUCUACAACCGCCUGCCGCCGGGUUUGAAGAUCGCGCCUGGCGCAUUUCAGCAGCUCAUCGACACAAUGUUAGCCGGACUGAAGGGCACUUCUGGCUACCUCGAUGACGUCAUCGUCGGCGAAGAAACUGAAGAGGAGCACGACCUCAAUCUACGGGGUGUCCUGAAGCGAAUCCAAGAUUUCGGAUUCACGAUUCGUGUUGACAAGUGUUUGUUUCGCAAGCAGCAAAUCCGAUACUUGGGGCACAUCAUCGACAGUCGCGGGUUGCGACCAGAUCCGGCGAAAAUCGAGGCGAUCACCAAGCUGCCGCCUCCAGCCGAUGUAUCCGGUGUGCGAUCGUUUUUGGGGGCCAUCAACUACUACGGCAAGUUCGUCCCCAACAUGCGCAUGCUACGCUACCCGCUCGACAAUCUCCUCAAGGUGGAGACGAAGUUCAGCUGGAGUCCGGAGUGCCAGAAAGCGUUCGACCGGUUCAAGCAGAUUCACUCGUCGGAUCUUCUCCUCACACACUACGAUCCGAAGCGGGAAAUCAUCGUUUCUGCUGACGCUUCAUCCGUUGGACUUGGGGCUACCAUUAGCCAUAGGUUCCCAGAUGGAACCAUCAAGGUGGUCCAACAUGCAUCCAGGGCGCUCACGAAGGCAGAACAGGCCUACAGUCAGCCCGAUCGCGAAGGUCUGGCCAUCAUCUUCGCCGUCACGAAGUUCCACAAAAUGCUCUUCGGACGGCACUUCCGUUUGCAAACCGAUCAUCGCCCGCUGCUUCGUAUCUUCGGCUCUAAGAAGGGAAUUCCAGUGUACACUGCGAACUGCCUGCAACGCCUCGCCCUCAACUUGCUGCUCUACGACUUUGAAAUCGAGUACGUGUCCACUGAGAAGUUCGGCAACGCAGACCUGCUCUCCCGGUUGAUCGACCAGCACAUCAAGCCUGAAGAGGACUACGUCAUCGCGAGUCUCAAUCUGGAAGAGGAUAUUAGGUCAGUAGUAACUAAUACGGUUAAAGUGUUGCCUCUCAAUUUCAUAGUCGUUGCGCAAAGCACCCAAGCAGAUCCGCUGCUCCGUCAAGUCCACCGCUACGUUCAGAACGGCUGGCCCCAGUCAACACUCGAUGGGUCAGAACUUCGCCGGUUCCAAUCAAGGCAGGAAUCGCUCUCUGUGGUGGAUGGGUGUAUUUUGUUUGCCGAACGACUCGUCAUUCCGUCGCUGCAUCGGAAACGGUGCCUCGAACAGCUGCACCGUGGCCAUCCGGGCAUGCAGCGAAUGAAAGCCAUCGCUAGGAGCUACGUGUACUGGCCUACGUUGGAUGCUGACAUCGUCAGCUUCGUCAAGGCAUGCCAGCAGUGUGCGUCUGUAGCUCGAUCACCUCCUCACUCUCCACCGGUGCCGUGGCCCAAAUUGACCGCUCCGUGGCAACGCGUCCACGUCGACUUCGCCGGUCCAAUCGAAGGCGACUACUACCUGCUCGCUAUCGAUUCGUUCUCUAAGUGGCCCGAGAUCAUCCGAACGACCCGCAUCACCUCUGCUGCGACCAUCAGCAUCUGCGUGCGUUGUUCGCGCGGCUGGGUAUGCCCGUAA